AAAAGUUAUUAAUUUUCCGAUACGUCAUUGAGUAAUAGAUAUACAAAAAGAUCAAAUUCAAUACCUAAUUAAUAUCAUAUCGAUAUCAUUUAUUGAUAGCAUUGAAAAUGCAAGUGAUGCCAUCUGUUGAUGUGCUUCAACAUCAACGAUUAGUACGGAUUUGACAUGUGGUCUGACUUCGUUUUAGAUGUUAAACGCAUGUUUUUCUAUUGUUGGAACAUUGAGAUUUGAUUAUUGUGAUCAAAGCAACGAGACUAGCGUGUACACAUUAUUAGGAUAGAAAAAGAGUUAACAUAAAUGGAAUCAAUAAGAAUAACACCGGGUUUUUGCCCAAAUUGUGGUUCGAUUUUGCCGUAUUUACGAACAACAGGAAAUGUUAAGUGCUACACUUGUCUGCAUGAUUGGCCUCCUGAAGUGUUUGGCGAUAUGAAGAGCAAUUUCACGAUCAACUUCAACACAUACGUGAAAGCGAAGAUUGCAAAAAAAGAAGACGAAGACGAGGGUCCAAUUGUUGAAAGACUGUGUCCAAAGUGCGGCAACGAAAAGAUGUCUUACGCUACAUUGCAGCUGAGAAGUGCCGAUGAAGGGCAAACGGUAUUCUACACAUGCACAAAUUGCAAAUUCAAAGAGACCGAAAAUUCAUAGGAAAACAUUGGGCUGUCACAAAGGAGAACAAAAUUUAUUUCUUCCAUAUUCCUGCAUUGUUUUAAAAGUCAAUAAAAUAAAAUGAAAAUGAAAAUUCCUUGUUGUCAAUGAACGUUUAAUUAAUAAAAUUGAAAACAAUACAGAUUAA